CUUAACAUAAGGACGAUGUUGACGAGGAUAAAGGAAUCCAACAUGCGUUGGUUCUGGAUUGGACUGUCCAUUGCCUGUGUCUCUGUGACCCUCACUGAUGCCGAGUGUCACUGUAACACCACUACUGCCUGUACCGUGUUCCCCUCUACUCCCUGUAGCCAGGUCGGUGAUCCAGACAGAUGUCAGGAAGGAUGGUUCGGUUCCUACUGUCAGAAACAAAACAUCGCUUUGAGGAGAUCAAGCAGCCAGAGUAGCACUUUGAACAAUGAUCCAAAUACCUUUGGAGCAGGACUUGGUGUAGACGGCAGAGCCACCACAGAUGCCACGAGCUUGCCAUGGACAUGUGCUCAUACAGCCAAUCAGUCAAACCCCACCUGGACUGUGAACCUGACCACUUCAGUUCCGGAGAAGAUACAACACAUCAGACUCUAUAUCCGUGACAAUUUUCAGGAGAGAAACAACGGCAUUGAAAUACUUGUGGGCAGCCAGCUGUGCUACAACUGGUCAUCAACUGAACAUCCUCCUCCUAUAGCUAACGUCACCUGCCGCCAGCCACUAACAGGAACCACGGUCACUAUACGGAUACCUGGUCAACAGAAAUUCCUUGUACUAUGUGAAGUGCAAAUAUUUGUUUGCAGUGACGGUUGGUUUUCUGAAGAUUGUGACAAACAGUGCCGAUGCCUUAACAGUACUGAUGUAUGUGACAAGAUCACUGGUCACUGUUCUAGUGGAUGUUUUCCAGGAUAUAAUGGUACCGACUGCCAAACAGUAUGUCUAGAUGGUACAUACGGUAAGAACUGCUCCUUCAAGUGUGGAAACUGUCUGGAUGAUGUCAGCUGUGACAAGACAAACGGAACAUGUCCUGACGGAUGUGCAGCAGGAUGGAUAAAUGACACCAUGUGCCAACGCCCAUGUGCAAAUGGUUCCUAUGGUAUCAACUGUGCCUCUCAGUGUGGAAACUGCCUAAACGAUGACAUCUGUGACAAAACAAACGGUACCUGUCCUGGGGGAUGUGCAGCAGGGUGGCACACUGAAACAUGUCUGCAAGUAUGCCUAAAUGGUAUCAACUGUGCCUCCCAGUGUGGAAAUUGUCUGGACGGUGUCAUCUGUGAAAGGAUCAACGGAACAUGUCAUGGCGGAUGUGCAGCAGGAUGGAUAAAUGAUACCAUGUGUCAAACCGAAUGUCCAGAUGAUUUAUAUGGUAACAACUGCUCCUCCCAGUGUGGACACUGCCUAUACGGUGAAAUCUGCGAUAAAGGGAACGGAACUUGUACAAACGGAUGUGCAGCAGGAUGGAUGAAUGACGACACAAAGUUAUGUAAACAACCAUGUCCAAAUGGAUACCAUGGUGACAACUGCGUCGCUCAGUGUGGAAUUUGUCUACAUGGUGUCACCUGUGAUAAGACAGAUGGAACAUGUCCUGGAGGAUGUGCAGCUGGAUGGGUUAAUGAUGACACAAUGCUAUGUUUGCAACGUCUUGCUGGUGAAGGGUCCACAGGAGGAAUCAUUGGAGGCGUCAUUGCAGCUGUCGUAGUGGUAGCAGUUGUCGUGGCCAUUCUCAUUUUCCGGAAAAGGCGAAAACGGAAAGACGAUAACGUGAGAGAUCCCGUUCAACUGGAGGACAUUCCCAAGACAGCAAAUAAAGAAAAUCACACACACCUGUCAGAUAAACCAUCCUCCAGUAAAUCUGCCCUGAAGCCAAAACCUGCAGUGGAGGAAGAUGAGGAUGCCGUGUUUUCUGUUGAGACUGAAGUCGACGGAGGCAGCCAGGCUGCCGCCACCUACUACAACUGGGUGCCACCUCACAUGCGGCUGGAUAACUUGAAACAGUGUAUAAGUGAGAAGAAGAAAAAAGCCUCAUUUGAAAGUGAAUUUCAGACAAUCCCAUAUGGUGCAAGACAUCCACAUGAGGCCGUGAUCAAACCUGAGAACAUACCGAAGAAUCGUUUCCUUGCUCUGUAUGCAUAUGAUGAUUCGAGGGUUGUGCUGGCGAAUGGAGAAGAUUACAUUAACGCCAAUUAUAUCACGGGAUAUGAUGACACUGCACAGUAUAUAGCAACACAAGGACCCAAACCGACAACAAUCACUGACUUCUGGCGGAUGGUGUGGCAGGAGGAUGUCACACAGAUAGUCAUGCUGACGAGGCUGGUGGAGGUGAACAAGAGAAAGUGUGAACAAUACUGGCCAGAUGGAAGCAAAUCUGAAACCUACGGAAGCUGUAAAGUUACCAACAAAAAUUUGUCCGCUCGGGCUGACUACACAGUCUCAACGUUUCUGGUAGAAAACUCGGGUAGCGAGAGAACUGUGACGCACUACCACUUCACAUCUUGGCCUGACCAUGGUGUUCCUUCUGCUCCUGCCCUAGUCAACUUCUGGAGACUGGUCAAACAGGGGGACAUGGACAGAGGACCCAUGCUGGUACACUGCAGCGCUGGGGUUGGCCGAACAGGUGCAUUCAUUGCCUUGGACUACCUAAUGGAUGAAGCUGAGAAUAAACACAGCGUCAACGUCUACAUGUGUGUUGGCAAAAUGAGACUGAACAGGAUGAACAUGGUCCAGACAGUGAAACAGUACGAGUUUGUGCAUGAUGUGGUCAUGGAGGCUCUCAAUAGUCGAAGGACACUGUACACUUCUUCCGAGUUUGACAAAACGUUUGGUGAUGGUGGCACGUUUACGUCCCAAGUGAAUAUGCUGAAAGAACAAUUUAAGUUACUCCAAGAACAAACAUCACCCCUGGAAGAAGAUUUAUUCUCACAGGCACUGCUUCCAGAGAACUCGAGCAAAAAUAGAAACCAGCGUAUUCUUCCGGGAAACAGGUCCAGACCCUACCUGUGUACUCCAGUUCCGGGUCGGAAUGACUACAUCAAUGCAGUGUUUCUGCCGUCCAUCCGUCGACCAUCGUCCAUGAUAGUCACCCAGACUCCACUGCCAGAUACUGUAGUAGACUUCUGGAGACUGGUGUACGACCAUGACUGCUUCACAGUUAUCUGUUUGGAUGACUCUCAGGAGACAGAAGAAAUGUAUCCCAAAGAUAGCAAGACAUUGCAAAUUGGACCAUUCAGUGUAAUGCAUGAGGAAACAAAAUCAAGUGGGACAAGCUAUACCGAGAGAAAGUUAACGCUUGAAUAUGACAAGGAGGAGAGUGAGCAGUCAGUCACAGUGUUCCGCCUCCAGUCACCGAGCUUGAUCUCCGACGCUUCUCCACUACUGGAGCUGAUCAACGAGGUGGACAGAAUCAUCACCCCUGGUGGCCAUAAGAUCCUCAUCCACUGCCGUGACGGUGCCAGCGUAAGCGGCGUGUUCUGCAGUACCCUGAACAUCAUUACCAGACUGAGACUGGACAGAGACAUGGACAUCUUUCUCACCAUCAGGGAACUGCAGCGUGUCAGAUCACAGUUUAUACAGUCCUUCGAUCAGCUGAAGCUGUGUUACAAACUGGUGAAGGAAUAUAACCGUACUUCAAACGUCUAUGCCAAUCUGUGAUAAAGAAAUAACAACCAAGUACUCUGCACAGAUAUGUUUUACAUAUAGUGUCCGGAAUAUUCCUAAUUUGAGUAACGUUCAUGCGCUUGAUGUCUUGAUAAGGCAUGUACUCGAACAACUAUCUCAGACUCAGAAGCUGAAUUUGUACAACUGAAACCAGUGUCCAUCAACGUUUAAAACUUGUAAAUUCAAUAUUAUUAGGGAAUAUGGCGGGACGUCACUUUAUAUCCGAAGGUAUUUUCCGAGGCUUCAAAUUACAUCAAGAAUUAUACAUCAUUAUACCAAAAUAUGUAAUAUCAUGAAUACUAUGAAGGUUUACGAUAGUUUGUCUGUAAUGUUUGUUAUUUUAUCUCAGUCACCGCACAUAUAGCUGAUUGAAGUUUGUCGAAUUUGUGAAAUAGGGUAACUGCAAUCAACAUUUUUGUACUUAAUAUUUUCAUAAUGAAAGACUAUUUUAUUGUAGAUCAUUCAUCAAAUUUGUAUGGUUAUUUGCCCCAUUCACCAAAUUGAAUAUGUUCUUGAAUAUAAUCAGUGUGUGAGAGAUUGGGUUUAGUUUUACGCAGUUAGUCGCCUCUUACGACAAGCAUGGGUUACUGAAAAUUAAUUCAAACCCGGAUCUGUAGUCAGGAAUAGGUAUUCUUCACUCACAAUUUAUACUCAUAUUGUCUGAUCUGUUUUCGACGUCAAAUGUUUUGACUGUUGUGUUUAUGUCGUGUGUGGAAAAUCCUAUUGAUUACGUGUCAACGUAUGCUGUUUUGCUGCUUACAACUCAUUGUUGAAUUGAUAGCAUGUAAUAAAAACUAUUCUACAAGAUA